CUUUAUUUCUGUUUUCCAGUCGGCCAGUAAAUACUAAAUUUUACAGGUAGUUGUCAGGAAAUUUAAAGUUGGAGCAAUGUAUAGUGGGUUAAAAAAGUAGAAGUUGAAUAUUAAGUCCUGACUGUAACUGUCCCAGUAUGGCGGAAAGCUUCUUAAUGGAGGUGUGCGUGGACUCUGUGGAGUCUGCAGUGAAUGCGGAGAGAGGAGGUGCACGUCGACUUGAGCUGUGCUCUAGUCUUCUGGAAGGAGGGCUCACUCCCAGUGUAGGUCUGCUGCUUAUUGUCAAGCAGUCUGUCAAAAUUCCAGUCUACGUGAUGAUUCGUCCUCGUGGGGGAGAUUUCCUCUACUCGAACCAAGAAGUAGAAGUGAUGAGAAAGGACAUAGAACUCAUGAAAAUCCAUGGAGCAGAUGGAAUAGUGCUGGGAGCCCUGACAGAGGACGGACGGGUGGAUUCAGAGCUCUGCUUGGAGUUGUUGGCUGCUGCCCGUCCUUUACCUGUCACCUUUCACCGAGCUUUUGACAUGGUUCAUGACCCAGUUAUUGCCCUGGAAAGUCUGAUAUCAUUAGGCUUCCAGCGUAUAUUGACAAGUGGCUGUGACAGCUCUGCUUUGGAGGGACUCCCUGUCAUCAAACGGCUUGUUGAUCAAGCCAAAGACAGGAUUACUGUCAUGCCAGGAGGGGGGAUCACAGAGAGGAACCUGCAGAGAAUUUUAGAAGGUUCCGGGGCUCAAGAGUUCCACUGCUCUGCUCGUUCCAGCAGGGAUUCUGCAAUGAAGUUUAGGAACCCUUGUGUGAUGAUGGGAGCCACUUUCUCAGCACCCGAGUACGGCCUGAAGGUGGCAGAUCUGAGCAAAAUCCGUAAUCUCAAUGCCAUAGCCAGAAAUGUUUUGUGAGUGAGCCCUUGACAUUUUAUAAAAGAUACCUCAGACAUAAUCUUGAAUGAUUGUACUACUAUUUCAUAAUCUAUUUUCAUUGAACCCCAGAAGAAAUGGAAUGUUCAGAAUAGUUCUGCCCCCCCACCCCCACUC